CGGGAAUAAUAAACACGCUAUAAGAUAACUGACGUCAUUUUAUGCCCUGCAAAGACCGUGACGGGACCACGCUGGAGUGAUAAGACAAACAGAUGGCAUUCUAAAAGCAAGAAUAUAGUUGAAUGGUCCAAAUAAAGACAUACACUGUGGCGGAGAGGAGGCAAACCAACCGACUCAAAGUACAACUGCUACGGAAGACAGUCAGGCUGUUGGGGAUACUCCUUAAGAAGAUGGCGAUACUGGGCAAAACAUGCAUGGUGUUUCUACUCGGCAUGAUAUUAAUAUGCGCAGUGAUGUACUACAUCUCCUCCGAAUACCACAUUACUAAAAAGUACUCUCUGCUUGAGCAAGCGAAAGAAAACACAAAUUCAAAAGAUGACGGGGUUGACGGUAUCGAAAAGGGGGUAGUGGGUAAUCAGAAACUUAACGAAACGUUCAAUGAUCGGAAGAAACUUCUGGAAACUGUCUGUGACGAAAUCUACAAUGGACACAGACCUUCCAUCAAAUCGUUGAAGUUUCCAAAUAUAAUUGUAAAUGACAAACUGAAAAUUCUCUAUUGCAAAGUUCCAAAAGUUGCUUGUUCGAAUUGGCUGCGUCUUCUGUAUAUUGCUGAUGCUAAACUAUCCAACAUCACUCCAAGUGACAAAAUUAUUGAAACAAUACAUAUUAUUGAAGAAGGCCUACGGACGAAAUAUUUCCCAACGUUGGAUAUGUAUUCAAAUCAGGACAAACAAUAUAGAAUUCGUAAUUAUCUGAAAUUCACGUUUGUUAGAGAUCCAUUUGAAAGGAUAUUUUCAGCCUAUUUGAAUAAGUUUGUGAAAACUCCAGAUAUGCAUUUUCGUAAAGAUUUUGGUGUCGAAAUGUACAGAUUGAUAAAUGAGGACGUUCCACCUGAUGAUUUUAAAACGGGAGAUAAUAUAACGUUCCGUCAGUUUAUUAAAACCUUAGUUCAUCCUCGGAUUGGAAGGCCGUUUAACGAACACUGGCAACAAUACGCAGAGCUUUGCCACCCUUGUUCUAUAAAAUAUGACAUCAUAGGCAAAUAUGAAACUAUGGAUACUGACGUGCUAUACACACUUAACAAAAUGGGGCUUGAUGGCAACAUGUCGUCAUUUUUAGGGCAAAGGUAUAAACAUUCGAACACUAAAGAACUACUACCGAAGGCAUAUAAAACUGUUCCUAAAGAUGAUUUGAACAAGCUCAAGGCUUUAUAUGGAGCUGAUUUCAGAUUAUUCGGUUAUAAUUCAUCAUCUUUGUAAAUACUGUAACCAUAGGAGCUAAAAGGCGGAGGAAUAUUGUUAUUGAUUUCUCAGUUACGAAUUUGAGCAUAAUUUACUAACAUCAGUGACCUAAUUUAGAUUUACAUGUUCAAAUUUAAGGAUGGUAUUGUCGUAACGUGUUUGCCUUCAUUAAUGGUGAUGGUAUUUUCUGAAUCAAAGUUGAACACAUCAUCUGAAUUUUUUUUGUUAGAUUUGUGGAUUUUUCAAAGAACUGGUAUUAUAUAUAGAAGAUUGGAUUAAAGAAUUAAGUGGUCAAUAUACGGCAAUAAGUCGCAUAUCCGAUAACGUUCAUGCGUGAGUAUGAGACGGUGAGGUGUCAACUUUACGAUUGAUAAUAUCCGUCGAAAUAAACGCACACUGGCUUGGAAAGCAUUUUUCCCAAUUUUUAAAUGCAUUGGCAAACUAGAAAAUUUCUUAUGUUGAAAAGCUCCCUUGUCCUAUAGGCACCAGCAUAUAAAAUUUGAAC